AUGCCCGAGACACUGGCCGAAGGCGAAGUCCUCGUCACUCUAUCAUGCAUAGAUCCUCCACCAAAUUUGAUGUAUCCUCGACGCAGACUGCUCCUGUCGAAUAAGAGAAACACGGCCCGCAUCGGCCGGGCGUCGAAGCGCACCUCGGGGCUGGAAUCGCGAAUGUAUAAUGGUUACAUCAAUUCCCCCGUCAUAUCGCGGGAACACGCUGAGCUCAAGUUCGACUCUCAAAGCAAGACUGUCUUCAUCCGAGACAUUGGUUCCCUGCACGGAACCUUCCACAACGACACCAAACUACAGAAGGAUCAGUUCCAGGCCGUUCGAGACGGCGACUCCCUCAAGUUUGGCAUUUACAUCGAUCGUGGCGACCAAGUCUUUCCUCAGUGUGCAACGAAUGUCUCUUUACAAUUCGGCCAAAUUGCUCAGCACGGCGCAGCUGAGCCUAGUUUGCCUCAGCCGCUGGUCUUCCAGGUGCCCGACGAGUCAGAUUCUGAAGAUAUGGAUGAUCUAGAGGAUACAGAUACAGAUGAAGUCAACAGCAUUGACAACGACAACUAUGAAAACGACUCGGUUCUCCGGUCAGGCGCCGCCAUUCUUGCAGGGAACGGCCUAGAGCUUGAGUUCCGCGGCUUCGACGCGUCAGAUGCUAUAGAUCUGACGUCGGAGCCCGAUCUGGUCUCUGAGGGUAACAUUCUCUCCGGUAGUUCUAUCUCGGAGGACACGGAUCUACCCGUCCAUGAUGCGGAUCACACGCUGGGAAGAAUCGAGCCGCGUGACAAAAUGGAGCUUAGGACUCUGAAUGCUCGCCCAGUUCCUCCCUUAAGGAGCGCCGGUUUCCCACGCACCGCCCACGACAUUUUUUCUCUGGAUGGCGAUGUACCUGGAUUCUAUGGGCCGCUAUCGGAGGACCAGCAUCUAGACGCGACGUCAGAAAUAGUGCCCGGUACUUUUGAUGAGAAGACUUGGCGCGAACUAUUAACUAGCGGUGCAGAAGGAAUGAUCUACAAAGAUCGUGUGCAAACUACUCUUCCGCCAGACAACGCCUGUGUGCAAACUACCUCUCCGCCAGGCGACGCCCGUGUGCAAACUACCUCUCCGCCAGGCGACGCCUGUGUGCAAACUACCUCUCCGCCAGGCGACGCUGAUGUGCAGGAUAAAGCGCACACCCAAUCCGAUCAGCAGGAGGGUCUGGCUCCUAGCAAUAGCCCCUCAAGAAAGCGAAAGGCGGAGCAGAUCUCGGACUUGAGCCCGGUUGAAGCUGCAGAGUCUGGGACUUCCAACGCUGUUCAGUCUCAAGACUCGCAACCACGAGACAUGGCAUCAAAUGUCGAUACCACACCACCGUACAAGCGCAUCAGAACAGCAGCGGAGUAUGUCGGGCUGAUGGCUAUUGGUGGCAUGGCUGUGAUGACUGCUCUGAUAGCAACGGCCCCCAACUUUUAA